UCUGUAUGCAAACGAGGGGGCGGAGCAUCCGGGCGGCAGGAAGCGUCGUUUCCGCUGCUCUGUGUGUCGAGCGGAGCCGGAGUCGGGAGCGGGGCCGUCGCGCGAACUCCAGAAACCAUGCAGCUCUCCUGGCUUUUGGCCACCGCCCUGUUUGCCGCCGCGGCGUCUGUGCCCAUCGACCGACCCAAGGCAGAGAAGAAGGCGGAAGAGACACCCCCAGAACCGCCGGACACGGGGCUGUAUUACCAUCGCUACCUGCAGGAGGUGAUCAACGUGCUGGAGACGGACAGUCACUUCCGGGAGAAGCUGCAGGCGGCCAAUGCCGAAGACAUCAAGAGCGGGAAGUUGAGCAAGGAGCUGGACUUCGUGAGCCAUCACGUCCGCACCAAGUUGGACGAGCUGAAGCGCCAGGAGGUCUCCCGGCUCCGCAUGCUGCUCAAGGCCAAGAUGGACGCCACCAUGGAGCAGAACGUGCAGAUCGAUCACCUGGGGUUGCUGAAGCAGUUCGAGCACCUGGACCCCCAGAACCAGCACACCUUUGAGGCCCGCGACCUGGAGCUCCUCAUACAGGCGGCCACCAAGGACCUGGAGAACUACGACGCGGCCCAUCACGAGGAGUUCAAACGAUACGAGAUGCUGAAGGAGCACGAACGGCGCGAAUACCUCAAGUCCCUGGACGAGGAGAAACGGCGGGCGGAGGAGGCCCGGUUCCAGGAGUUGCGCCAGAAGCACAAGGAGCACCCCAAAAUCAACGUCCCGGGCAGCCGAGAUCAGCUCAAGGAAGUCUGGGAGGAGACAGACGGGCUGGACCCCAGCGAGUUCAAUCCCAAAACCUUCUUCAAACUGCACGACACGAACAGCGAUGGGGUUCUCGACGAACAAGAGUUGGAAGCACUUUUCACCAAGGAGCUGGAGAAGGUCUACGACCCCCGGAACGAGGAGGACGACAUGCUGGAGAUGGAGGAGGAGCGGCUGCGUAUGCGGGAGCACGUCAUGAAGAACGUGGACUUGAACCAGGACCGGCUGGUGACGCUGGAGGAAUUCCUGAAGUCCACCGAGAAGAAGGAGUUUAACGAGGCCGGAGGCUGGGAGACGGUGGACGAGACCCAGGUGUACUCGGAGGCGGAGCUGCAGCGGUUCGAGGCGGAGCUAGCGGCCCAGGAGGCGGAGCUUGGCCGGCGGGCGGAGCAACUGAAGCGCCAGCACCAGGACCUGCAGGAGCAGCAGGUCCGGCUGGACGCCCAGAAGAAGGAGUAUCAGCAGGCUGUGCUGCACAUGGAGCAGAGGAAAACCCAGCAGGGGGAGGCACCGGCAGAGGAGCUGAAAUUCCAGGCCCAGCCCCCGCACGCCGCCCCAGCGGAUCCGGCCGUGCCGGCAGCCCCAGGCCAUGCCCCUGAACAGAACCACGUGGAACCUCCCCAGAACCAGCAGCAGACGCCGCCACAGCCCGAAGUCCAGAUCCAGUGAAACCCUGUGUGAGCUGGACAUGGGGGGGGGGGGGCUCGUAUUGGCCCCGCCCCUCCCCCUCUUGGGCCCUGCCCCUCUUCCUUCCCCCCUGGCGCAGGGCUGGAGUCCUAGUAUAGCAUCCAGGCCAGGGGCUGGGCUGUCUGCAGUCCCUUUUUUGGCCACUGGGGGGUGACAUUGAGUCUUGUCUGUUUUCAGAGCAGGGGCAUUGGUUGGAGCUGGGGGCUUCCUGCCCCAUAGUGCUGCAUUGUGUUUCCCAGCUUCCCCCACUUGCCCGUGGGGGGCGGUGAGGGGCUGCUGCAGUGCAUGCUGGGUAGGCCCAGCUCAGUCUUUUCCCUUCCUCAUCCCACACACUAGCAGGUAUUCUGGAGGUGGAGUUGCAGUGCAGGAUGGGUAACCCCCCUGCCCCCCCCCCCCAAAUCCCCAUCAUAGAAAGCUGCCUUGCUAUUGGGUAGUGCAUUAUGGGUAACCCAGCCCCCCAUCAUGGAAAUAGAUUGUGCUAUUAGCGCUGUGUCCCCUCUGCCCCACCCCACCACACACACACAUGCCAAAAAGCCUCCUGCUUUUAAGGGGUGGGUCCUGGGUACUCCCCCCCAGAACCCAUCUCCCCGUGUUCGUGGAUGGGGAGUUUGAAGGGGGAAGCACUUGAGGUUUGGCGAAGGGGUGUGUGUCUGUCUUGAUUUGGGGUGGCAGGGAGCCCCCCCAAAAAAAUUCUCUCAGCUCCCACGUCUUUCCAUAUUGCUCGUGGGCCCCACUGCCCCAUCUUUGCUCCAUCUCCCCACCCUGUGCUGCUCGAGGUGAUGAAAUAGAUGAACCACCAUCGUCCUGAGCCCCUGGGUUUAUAGCACAGGGGGACAGACACCCCCCCCCGCCUUAAAAUCCUUCAUCCCCUGGCCACCUUCCUGAGCUGUGAGUGGGGUUCACUUGACGACUCCCCCCUCCAAAUUCUAGCUGCAGCCUUAACGCCAAUAGAAACAGGUUCAUUAAAUGUGGGAGGGUGGAGCUUCACAGGGGGCGGAGCUUCCCCUGAGCUGGGCGGACCCAACCAGACCGGGGGCAGGGUGUGAGCAGACCCAUGUUAGAAAUUAUGGGACGUAGCACCAGACUGUUUGAAUCAUGGGCAUUUUGGGGGAGAUGGGAUGGGACCUAGACCUGGCAGGAGUUUGGGAGUGAUCUGGUGGUGGGGGGAAUAGACCCCAUGACACCCCUAGCAGCACUUCCCAGCUGCUGUGGAACGAAACUGACCAGGCCCCUGGUGUCUCCCCAACUCUCCCCUCCAACUCAUACCAGCUUUAGGGGUGCUCUGCUGUCCCCCCAAAUCUGCAGUCUCUGCCCCGCAGCACGGGGAGCAGUUGUGUGUGUCUUUCUGCCUCACUGUUUUCCCCACAUAAAGGGAUAAUUUAAGACACAAA